GUCUAGCCAAGAAGUGAGGCUAAAGUUCAUUUGUUGAUUCCUCCUAAUACUUCUGGAGUAGUUCUGUUUGCUCUAAAAUGCCUGAGGAUCCCACACUUUUCACCCCAGUAACGGUCGUCUCUCUUCUGGCCUGCGCCGCCCAGUUUGCCGUCGGUUUCAUUUUGGCGCAAAUCUGGGGCAAAAAAUGUUCAUCAACCGAUAGGUGGGUCCUGGUCUGGUUGUUCUACGAUGCCAUUGUCCACAUUACUCUGGAGGGUCCGUUUGUUUACAUGUCACUGGUUGGAACUGUUGCAACAUCAGAUGGUAUAUUUGCCGAAUUGUGGAAAGAAUACGGGAAGGCAGAUCAGCGCUGGCUCCAUUCAGACCCAACCAUCGUAUCAUUGGAGCUGCUGACUGUCGUCUUGGACGGGUUCUUAGCGCUGCUUUUGGUCUACGCUAUUAUUAAAGACAAGCAUUACAGGCACUUUGUUCAGAUCAGCCUGUGUGUGUGUGAGCUUUAUGGAGGCUGGAUGACCUUCUGCCCAGAUUGGCUGAUGGGAAGUCCUAACCUGAAUAUCAAGAACUGGCUCUACCUGUGGGUCUACCUGGUUUUCUUUAACGGCGUGUGGGUUGUGGUGCCUGGACUCUUGCUCUGCCAGUCAUGGAAGGAUCUACAUAAAUCCCAUGAAUAUAUGAAGAAGAAUAAGAAGAAGUAGAUAUGCAGACUUGAUGUGUUUGUUUAGGAAGAAACAGUAAGAGGCAGAACAGUGACUGUGAGCAGAUUGAGAUACAUAAUUCCUCAUAUUGUUUAUGUUUGUGAUUUUGUUGGGUAAAAAUUGUCCUUAUCAAUUCUAAGUGCACCACGUAGUGAUUUCUGCCCUAAAUACUCAAUCCUAACAGCUGGUGGAUUAUUUAAUGGUUCAGUUAAUCAGAUUUUAGCAGUCAUGGAUAUAUACAUAUAUUUUUGUAAAAUGGCACAGAUUUGUUGCUCAACAUUUAUUAACUGUAAUACUUUUUAAUAAAUAGUCAUGCUUGUUUUGGUAAACAAAGAACAAAAUGUAUUACUAAGUGAAUGACCAGCUGUAUAUGAGGCACACCCAAGAACUCACAUCUACCUCAGAAACACAUAAACAUGACAACCCAAUGAGGAGAAUUUUGUUAUAUUUUAUGAUACACAAUAUUUGUAUUGACACAGUCAAGCAUACUAUAGUUAAAUCACCUAGCUUUUAGUAUUGUGGAUUAAUUUAUGCAUUUCUGUACAUCAUAAGCAAAUAAUUGAAAUAAAUGUGAUACUCUUGUAA